CGGGCGGCGCCGCCCCUGUGUGGCCGCGCCCCGCCGCGCCGGGCCGGGCCGGGCCGGGCCGGGCCGCUCCGUGCGCUCCGCUCCGCUCCGGCGGGGCCGGCGGGGCCAUGGCCACCCUGCGCCGGGACGGCCGGGUCACCGCCCUGCAGCGCCUGGGCUGCGCCGGGCUGGCGGGCGCGCUGAGCCUCAGCCUGACGGCGCCGCUGGAGCUGCUGACGGUGCUGGCGCAGGUGGGCACCUGGCACUGCCGGCGGGGGCUGCGCGGCGCCGGGCGCAGCCUGUGCCGCACCGAGGGCGUGCGGGCCCUCUGGAAGGGGAACCUCACGGCCUGCCUGCGCCUCUGCCCCUACAGCGCCCUGCAGCUCGCCGCCUCCCGCCGACUUGUUACCCUUUUCAUGGAUGAGCUGGGCCAUAUCAACCACUGGAGAGCCAUCAUGGCAGGAAGUCUGGCUGGCAUGGUUGCCACCAUUGUGACAUACCCCACUGAUGUGAUUAAAACACGGCUCAUCGUGCAGAACCGGCUGGAACCAUCUUAUGAAGGAAUUCUUCAUGCUUUUUACAAGAUUUAUCAUCAAGAAGGACUCCGUGCACUCUACCGUGGUGUUUCACCAGCAAUAUUAGGUGCGGUCCCGUUUUCUGCAGGUUCAUUCUUUGUUUACAUCAGUCUGGACAAAAUCUGGCAAGAACCCAUCAUUCAUUUCACUCCUCUUCAAAACUUCAUGAAUGGCUGUGUAGCAGCUGCUGUGGCACAGACACUUUCUUUUCCCUUUGAGACUGUCAAGAGGAAGAUGCAGGCCCAGAGUCCUUGGCUUCCCCACUAUGGAGGAGUUGAUGUCCAUUUUACUGGCAUGGCUGACUGCUUCCGGCAAACUGUGAAGAACAAAGGUGUGCUGGGACUUUGGAGUGGACUCACACCCAGUCUGCUCAAGAUUGUGCCAUACUUCGGUGUUAUGUUUAGCACCUUCGAAUUCUGCAAGCGGGUUUGUCUCUACAGAAAUGGUUAUAUUGAAUCUCCUUUAAAUUACAAGCUAACACCUGGCGUUGACCAGAGCUUACACCCACAAGAGCUGAGAGAAUUAAAACUCCUCCGAAGGGAAAAUUUUGAGCCAAGGAAAUCAGCACUAGAAAACUGACAUCAGUGUCCACUGCAGAUAUACAAACACCUUUCUUAAGGAACUUUGCAAGAAAGAUAUGCUGAGCUACAGGUACUGACAUUUCAGUGGACUGCAUGGUUUUUCUGGAAAGAAUAAAUCUGUAUUGCAUUUGCUGAACAGAUAUAAAGAAUAUGACUGGUAAGCACAUAUUGAAAAGGAAAGAUGCCACUAGUUUGAAAACUCUAUACUACUGGAACUUGAAAUGACAUUAUUUUAGGUGCUUUUUAAUACUGAAUAGCCAUUUGAGAUUAAACCAGUUUCAGAAAGGCAAGAGGAUAGAGAUGAAAGUAUAAAUUGUCUUUGAAAACAUUAAGAAAAUGGACUUUUUUUAAGCAAUCUGAGAUACCAAGUCAGCCAAAAAGAAUAAAACAGAAUAAAAUACAUGCAAAAUGCAAGAAUUUCUACUGAAAUCUCCAAGUUUUUUAAUGAUACUGUGUGAACAUGGCAUUCUACAGUCAGAAUUAGUCUUAGUUCAGUCAGACUCCCAAAUUCACUCCUCAGUUUUUGAGAUGUACUUGAUUUUGUCUGAAUCUGCAGCAUAAAGAUGAAUGUAUGCUGCUGCAACUGUGCUUUUGCUAAGACAGAACUGUAAUGUGCAAAAUGGACUAUAAACACUAAAAUGACAAUCUUGCAAACUUAAGUGCAUACUCAAAAAUAUUCCUCCCUUUCUUGUGCAUUGUUACUGCAUGUAUGUGAAUUACUUCACAC